AAGCUGUUUUCAGGAGCGUCAACACAGUUUGGAGCGGCCCCCAACGCCCAAGUCUAUUUUGUGGAUGCGGGCUUUCCCGGCAUGCUUCCGGUUAUUAAUCAGUUCUGUGUAGAGCAAGCAGUCAAAACUGGACUUGGGCUUGAUGCGACCAUUAACCUCACCUCACAGUUUGACCGUAAAAACUACUUUUACCCAGACCUUCCGUCAGGAUACCAAAUUUCCCAAUUUGCCCACCCCAUCAUCAGUGGCGGACAUUUAAGCAUUGAAUUAGAGGAUGGUACGGAAAAGGAUAUCCAUCUGGAGCGCAUUCAUAUGGAACAAGACGCAGGAAAAAGCGUUCACGACCUCCAUCCAACAAAAACCUAUAUUGACUUGAAUCGUGCAGGGAUUGCCUUGAUGGAAAUUGUCACACGCCCUGAAAUUCGAUCUUCUGAAGAGGCCGCUGCUUUUAUGCGCAAGAUGCGUUCUCUUCUUCGAUGUCUUGGGACAUGUGAUGGAAAUAUGGAAGAAGGCAGUAUGCGAGCCGACGUUAAUAUUUCCCUGAAUCGUCCUGGAGACCCCCUUGGGACACGGGCAGAAAUCAAGAAUUUGAACUCUGUGCGCUUUAUGGUUUCUGCUAUCGAAUAUGAAAUUCAAAGGCAAAUAGAGAUCUUAGAAAAUGGAGGAACAAUCGACCAAGAAACACGCCUAUUGGAUACGAAUAAAGGCAUCACACGGUCUAUGAGGUCAAAAGAAGACGCCCAUGACUAUCGUUACUUCCCAGAUCCUGACCUACCUCCUCUCAUUUUGGACCUUGAAUGGGUGGAAGAAAUUCGGAACACCCUUCCAGAACUUCCUGACGCAAGGAAAAAGCGUUUAAUGGAGGCCUAUGGGCUCAGUGCUUAUGAUGCUUCUAUUUUAACAGCAGGUGUUUAUACAGCCGCUUUUUUUGAAGAAGCGCUUUCAAAAAGUGCGUGUGUACAAGAAGGAUCUACAAAAGCCGCAAAAAUGAUUGCAAACUGGUGUACUAGUGAGCUGUUUGCCUUGCUGAACAAAGAAGGGUUAGAAAUUUCCCAAUCAAAGGUCUCAGCAGAAAACUUAUCGCAUCUUGUCGACUUCAUUCAAAAAGGCACUAUUUCGGGGCGUAUUGCUAAAGAAGUAUUCACGCAUAUGUGGGAAACAGGCCAAGCACCUGGAACCAUUAUUGAAGAAAAAGGCUUAAAACAAGUUUCAGAUACAGGGGCCAUUGAAGCCGUAAUUGAUAAAAUUCUUGCUGAAAAUAGUGACAAAGUAGAAGAAUAUAAGUCUGGAAAAGAAAGGCUCUUUGGUUUCUUUGUUGGGCAAGUCAUGAAAGCCAUGCAAGGAAAAAGCAACCCGCAAGUUGUCAAUGAGUUAUUAAAGAAGAAAUUCUCGUAA